CACCCGGUUGGACACGGACGAUUGCGUGGCGGUGGUGCCUCCGGGAACACUGGUGCUACAUCUGAACAAGGAAACCUUCCAAUCGUUGGGCCUCGAAGGCCAGGUCUCGGAGUUUGCUCGGAAACGGAACAGUAAAUACGCUUAAACGAUCAUGCCCAAGCUGGGUCAACCGAUUAGGCUUGAGAUACUUGCUCUCAAAGGUACGACCGUCUGGCUCUGCCACAUUGCUGAACUGUUGAUGCCGACGAUACUCGCCUUGAGCAAAAAGGGCAAUAAUGAAGGACAGAAAUGUCUGAAUUCAGUCGUUGCGGAGCUGCGCGAUGAAUACGAUCACUGUAUUCCAAGGCAUUUGUAUGAUGAUAUGGCAAAAGAGUUGAUCAUUCAGAUAAAUCUACUUAUUGAAAAAGUUAAGAAAGCACUCGAUAUUAGAGCAUCCAUGUCCAAUUUCAUCUGUCAAAUGAACGUGGCCAUUGCCAUGUCCGAAGUUUUACUCUCUCGGAAAUUACAGGUCAUGAAGAUUGAAGAUUUGCCGAAAACGAUGCGUCAUAUAUUCUACGCAAAGAUGAACGAAUUGAAAGGGUUGCGCUACCUGAGUUUAGGAUCUAUGAGCGGUGGUUGGAAAACCGACGACAUGGAGAAAACGAUUUUGAAUGGUUUGGGUACCAUGAAGAACUUGUCGGGGUUGACCUUGAACUACGACUGCACAAAUACUAUCCUCCGUGCGCUCACCAAGUUCUGUCCUAACUUGGAGUAUUUAGACGUGUCCAACUCCAAAUACAUCACAAACGACAGCAUCGAUAUCAUCACUAAACUAAAAAAGUUAAAAGUAGUUAUCCUGAUGCGAACCCAAGUAACUAUGGCCGGCAUGAUCGAUCUUAUUGUCAACGCAAAAAACCUGACAGAUGUCGGACGCUAUGAUGAUCUCGGGCGUUGUCUGGAGUUCGUAGAGCAAAACUAUCCAAACGUCCUUAGUUUAAAAUUGCAGAAGUUUGAAACUCGCUUUGCUACAACGCGUCAUAUUCAGCUUCUGGCUGACCUAUGCCCAGAUAUGCGUUACGUAUCUAUCUUCCACAACAUGCUCUUGAUGGAUCUGAUGGCUCUCAUCGGUAUCAACAAGCUCGCAGAGCUGUAUUUGCUGUCGUGUGACUUCUUCGCCGAUCAAGUCCGGGAUGUCAUCCAGGUGAAGGGCUGCAAUCUAACGCAUCUCCACCUGGAGCACGUCGAACAGAUGGACAUGAACGCUCUGGUCUACAUCAGUCAGUACUGUCCCGAUCUGAAAACCCUAUCCUUGUACAACUGCGUCAUGAUCCCUUCCACAUCGGUUUUCCUUCGGCAGUACGCGAUACCACCGUUCAUGAAUUUGGAACGUCUCGGCUUCGUCUGCGAAUGCCCCUUUCGUCAUCUCGAGUUCAUCCUGACAACGGCCCUGAAGCUUCGUAUGCUCCAGGUGGGAACGCAAGCGUACACGAGUGACGAGAUGUUCGAACGCAUCUUCCUGAACAAUCCGCUGCAAUAUCUGGAGGAUGUCCGUAUAAUCAACUCGACGGAGCUGACCAUCGAGACGGCGUACCGAUUCGUCGAGAAUUGUCCGAAUCUGGUGUUGCUGAAUGAACUUGAAUGCUGGCAGAAGGUCCGGGACUAUGAGCUGGUGCAGCUGCGAGAGAUGAUCAAGGAACGGAACUAUGCUGUUCAUACGGCACCUCUCCGGCGUUAUCAAGAAUAAUACAUAAUCUGGAUUUGAUUACAAUUUCAUUUUAUUUAGACUGAGAAAACCAAAUGCUCCAUUAACAACUCUUGCAGUUUAACUUCUUCAGUAAGAAAUUGUUUUGCUUCAAUAAUAUCAAUAAAUUUCUUCGUGUGUAUUUUCGUAUUUUUGCUUAAUAUAUAUUUUUUAUGAUCAUAUACUUCAG